AUGGUCCCUGAAGGACAGCUGGUCAUCGAUGACCAUCCUAAGGUCAUGUAUCGACUUGACCUCUUUAAAAAAGAACUGGAGGACUAUCAAAAUACCUUAUCAUCUCUACUUCAAUGCAUUGAGAGGCUAAAACACCAAGUGUCGGAGGAGUUUAGAAGUUAUGAGGAUAAGGAAGUGAAAAAAGCUGAAGAGUACAUAAAGCAAGUAGAGCAGGAGAUCAAAGAUCUAAGGCAGAGAAAAAAUGAGCUGGUCGAGCUUUCAAAAACCGAAGACCACGUUCACUUCCUCAAGAAAUUCACAUCUUUCCAUAUUCCUACUGUGGUUGGAGAUACACCUGACAUAAAUGACAAUGGGGGCUUAUUUUCACAGAAUAAAGAAAAAGAGUUGAUUUUGCUGAAAAAGCAUAUUCAGAAGAUUAACAGCUGGGAUAUUGUAAUAACCAAAAAGAAGGAAACAUGCCAUGUUUCAGUGCAAACAAACCAAGAGAACAAAGAUCUCAAAGCUUCUGAAAGUUCUGAGGCAGGGCCACAGCAAGCUAACGUGGUGCCUUAUGGUAAAACGGACACCGAAAACUUGGGGAAGCAUGCCAUUGACAGAACAGAGACUUCUGCUCCUGAAGUAAAGAAGAUGAGGAAGGAGGAGGAAGAGGCACAUUCAUCUGGUAUCCCCAGCAGGGACUGGAUUUCCAAAAAUUCUUCUCCAGAUCUGGGCAAAGAUAAAGUUACUAUUGAAGUUGUAGGUUUAGAAAAAACCUUUCAUUCGGGGAAGAAGUUUUUUGAAGAUCUCAUCAAGAAAAUGAAUGAUUCUAGAAUUGAUAUUCAUCAAGGAGUGUUUGACAGUCAGUCCAGCAAUCUGGCUCUUCUCUUUUGUCCAGUUAUUUCGAUAAUUGGAAAAGAUAUUAAAGUGGCACUGAAGAAAAUUCCAAAUAAUAAGAAGGUCAUUCUGGUUGUUAUGCAUCACACCCCUAACCCCGGUUAUAUCGUAGCAGAAAGUGCAAGAUGUGUGGAACAGAAAAAUGUGGUGGCCACAGUUGACCUCCUAUUCCACGAAAAUCUCGGCCUACUUGAAUGCCAACUCAAUGAACGAUCCUUAGAAAAAGUUUUCUUCUUUUGCAAGGAUCACUGUAUGAAAUAACUCUGUAAGCAUUGUCAUCAAUGUGGCUCUUUAGAAAUAAAUUGAUCAUACAUCACAAAUGGGGCAUGCAAUGGACUCUGGGUGAUUGAGUUUGGACUGGAAUCCUCCUUCCACAGGUCUU